AUGGGAUCGUUAGCCGGUGCUUGUGAAAUUGUUGAGGAGAAGGAUGUGGUGAGGUUGGCCAAACAUUCUAGCAGAUAUUGUAAGCCAGCUUUGGGAACAAGCAAAGAUAUGGAGCGUCCUGCACUGAAUCAAGGUUCUAUGGAGUAUGACAUUGAUCAGCUUUUUCAGUCUAUAACUAUAAAACCAUCACCUAGAGGAGUUCUUGGCUCUUCUUUCCACCAUCGUCAGAUGAGCUCAAGCGCUGGUCCAAGCAGGACCACAAGCCCUUCUAAUAACGCUGCUAUGAAAAAGCCUUUUCCCAUGGGAUCACCGAGAGUUGGUCCCUCUGAUUCUAUCUCACUGAAGCAAGCUCUGAGAGAUCUUUGCAUCUCCAAGGCAUCAGAAAUGGCUGCUCAGAAACGGUUAUCGAAAUCUGCAGCUGCGUCUCCAAGGGUGUCUGAAGCUGACAGGAUAAAGAGUCUUUACAGACAAGUUUUGAAUGAAUCUGCUGGCAGGUCUGGUCUCCCUAUGGACAAGGGCAAAAGAAGCUUGGUUGAGAUAUCUUUGACGCCGGUUGACGAUAUACCUAGCUCUUCUCAGAGUGUGCCUCAGCGGUUUGUUGUCCUUAAGGCAGAGCCUUCUAACUCCAUAUCUGAACCAUCAAAGACAGUGAGAUGUCAAAUGCAGGAAUCUGGAUCUUCUCUCAGUUCUGGUAGUGGAGAUUAUGAGAUAGAGAUUGAUGAAAAUGCUACCUCUCCUCCUCAUGUGGUCGUUGAAGAUGGUUUGGUAGAAAUAGACAAACAUAUUACGUCGCUGCCUUUGUGUUCUGGUAGCAAAGUUGAUGCUGAAGAGCUAGACAAAAGCAUCGUCUCAUCAGCAAGAGUGGAAAGUGAUUCAACAGCUCUUGGUGACUCAGAGCUAAAAGAGAAGGUUGAUAAGGCAACUAGUUCAAGAACAGAGAACAGCAAAUUGAAAAGCAAGGUACCAAGAAAUAUCCCACGUCCUAAACCGCGGCCGAAAAGGAAGAUUUUGCUUAAAAAGAAGUUAAGAAUCGCUGUAGCCUCUGCUACGAAAAUGGUAGAGGAAGUUGAUAGUUCCUUAGAGCCUAGUGCAAGUCAAAUCCUGUGCCAGAAUUGCCACUGUGCCUUGAAGAACAGCAGCAUUGAAGACCAUCCGCCCACAAAUACUGAGAAAUGCUCAAACAGUUUAGAAGCAAAUCAAGAAUCACUCGCAAGCACGCAUCUCAUCCGCAUUGUGAAGUGUAAUAAAGAGGCCAAAAAGAAUUCCUCCGAUUCUUGUGAGGUUAGUGAAAGUGGUGGCGCUAUCAUUGUCAUGAAACAAGAUGUCUCUCCAGAUGAACAGAAAAGAGAAAAUCCAACUUCCAGCGAAAAGAUUGAAUUCUCUUUGAGCUCAAAGGAUAGCUUAGAAAAUUAUAGCAGCAGCACAAGCAUGAGCGAGGAGAGCAAUCUAAGCAGGUUUAGCUGUGGCAAUAAACCUCACAUGUCUAUGGAUGUGAGAUGGGAAGCAAUCAAGCAUGUGAAAUUGCAGCAUGGCUCUCUAGGACUCCGACAUUUCAACCUUUUGAAAAAGCUUGGCUGUGGAGACAUAGGAACAGUUUAUCUCGCUGAGCUGGUUGGUGCAAACUGUCUGUUUGCCAUAAAGGUCAUGGACAUCGAGUUCUUGGCCCGGAGGAAAAAGACUCCGAGGGCACAGGCUGAGAGGGUUAUCCUUAAAAUGCUGGACCAUCCUUUUCUUCCUACCUUGUAUGCACAGUUUACUUCAGAUAAUCUAUCGUGUCUGGUAAUGGAGUAUUGUCCCGGUGGAGAUCUUCAUGUCCUGAGGCAGAAACAGCUCAGCAGGUGUUUCUCAGAACCUGCAGCUAGGUUCUAUGUAGCAGAAGUCCUCCUUGCGCUGGAGUAUUUACACAUGCUUGGUGUAAUAUACAGAGAUUUGAAACCAGAGAACAUUCUUGUCCGAGAAGAUGGUCACAUCAUGCUUACAGAUUUUGAUCUCUCACUCACAUGUGCGGUGAAUCCAACUCUUCUCAGAUCAACUUCUCCACCGGGGAAAGAUCCAGCUAGAAUGUCGGGUUUAUACAACACAUCCAACUGCAUACAGCCUCUAUGCAUCGAACCAUCGUGUCGUGUUGUCUCAUGUUUCAGCCCUAGGCUCUCAUCAACACAAGCAAGAAACCCAAAGAAACCAAGAAAACCGAAAAGAGCUGAUCUUUUGACCCAACAGUUCAGAUCAUCACUGCCUCAGCUUGUGGCUGAGCCAACCGAAGCAAGAUCGAACUCGUUUGUGGGAACACACGAGUACUUGGCUCCAGAGAUCAUAAAAGGAGAAGGACAUGGUGCUGCAGUAGACUGGUGGACGUUUGGUGUCCUUCUCUAUGAGCUUUUAUACGGGAAGACACCUUUCAAAGGCUAUGACAAUGAGGAGACAUUGUCCAAUGUUGUGUUUCAGAACCUCAAGUUUCCUGAUAGCCCGCUUGUGAGCUUACAGGCCAAAGAUCUGAUAAGAAAGUUGCUAGUGAAGGAUCCAGAGAGCCGUCUCGGGUCAGAGAAAGGAGCUGCAGAGAUCAAGAGACAUCACUUCUUUGAAGGAUUGAAUUGGGCUCUCAUCCGCUGCGCCACUCCGCCUGAGCUUCCGGAUGUGUAUGACAAUGGUGCAACGGAGACUUCUCCUCAGGGGAAUAAUGGUUAUCUUGAAUGUAAAGCCAUCGGAGAUCAUCUUGAGUUCGAGUUGUUUUAG